AUGAUGCUGGAAGAGGACACGAUUGCAACAGCGAAAAUUGCUGUAUGGGUUGCCCACUUCGAAGUCUCGUUCAAAAUAGGCCAAAGCGAAAAAAAAGGAAAUGUCAUCAAGUCUCUGCAAUACAAGCAGGCAGCAACCAACCGAAUGGUCAUACCAAUCGCCAUCAGACCGGCCCUUGCUAUGCUUACUAUCGGGCCGCCUCUGAGACUUGAUGCUAUGCAUCCCUUUUGGCAGCUCCUUCAAAGGAGGAUGCUCGAUCUUGCUGUUGCAACCGGCCUCGCUGGCUCCAAUGGUUGCACAAGUGCCGAUUCUAUCUCUACGUAUGAAUCACCGUAG